CUCACUCCAACCGCUCCACCACAUAUCUCUCUCUCCUCUCUCUCUCCUUCCAAUUUAGCAUUGUUGGAGGAACAAGAUCUAAACAGUAAUUCAUUACAAGAUCCACACCUCCUCUCUCUCUCUCUCUCUCUCUCUCUCUCUCUCUCUCUUAGACGCUUGCUUGUCUCUUGUUUCUCUCUCUAGAUAUGGAACCCGUCUCCGACUGGGGCCACACCCCGCUCCACACCGUCGACCCGGAGAUCCACGACCUCAUCGAGAAGGAGAAGCGGCGCCAGUCCCGGGGGAUCGAGCUCAUCGCGUCGGAGAACUUCACCUCCUUCGCGGUGAUCGAGGCCCUGGGCAGCGCCCUCACCAACAAGUACUCCGAGGGCAUGCCCGGCAACCGCUACUACGGCGGCAACGAGUUCAUCGACCAGAUCGAGAACCUCUGCCGCAGCCGCGCCCUCAAGGCAUACCGACUGGACCCCACCAGGUGGGGCGUCAAUGUGCAGCCCUACUCGGGCAGCCCGGCCAACUUCGCGGCGUACACGGCCGUGCUCGAGCCCCACGAUAGGAUCAUGGGGCUCGAUUUGCCGUCCGGGGGCCACUUGACUCAUGGGUAUUAUACCUCUGGUGGGAAAAAGAUCUCUGCCACCUCGAUUUACUUUGAGAGCUUGCCAUAUAAGGUGAAUUCAAUCACUGGGUAUAUCGAUUAUGAGAAGUUGGAAGAGAAGGCAAUGGAUUUCAGACCCAAGUUGAUCAUUUGUGGAGGGAGUGCAUACCCCAGGGAUUGGGAUUACGCAAGGUUUAGAUCAAUUGCGGAUAAGGUGGGGGCGUUGUUGCUCUGUGACAUGGCUCACAUCAGUGGCCUUGUGGCUGCUCAGGAAGCUGCAGAUCCCUUUGAGUACUGUGACAUUGUCACAACCACAACCCACAAGAGCCUGAGGGGUCCUAGGGCUGGUAUGAUCUUCUACCGCAAGGGUCCUAAACCGGCCAAGAAAGGCCAACCAGAAGGUGCAGUUUAUGACUUUGAAGACAAGAUCAAUUUUGCUGUUUUCCCCGCUCUACAGGGUGGACCCCACAAUCACCAGAUCGGUGCUUUGGCUGUUGCUCUGAAACAGGCCAUGUCUCCUGGGUUCAAGGCUUAUGCUAAGCAAGUGAAGGCGAAUGCAGUUGCCCUUGGAAACUACCUGAUGAGCAAAGGCUACAAGCUCGUCACCGAAGGGACUGAGAACCACCUCGUUCUGUGGGAUCUUCGCCCUCUGGGGUUGACUGGAAAUAAGGUUGAGAAGCUCUGUGACCUAUGCAACAUAACUGUAAACAAGAAUGCUGUGUUUGGUGACAGUAGUGCCUUGUCCCCUGGUGGUGUACGAAUUGGUACUCCGGCUAUGACUUCGAGAGGGUUGGUUGAGAAGGACUUCGAGCAGAUUGCAGAGUUUCUCCACCGUUCUGUGACCGUCACUUUGAAGAUUCAGAAGGAGCAUGGAAAGCUCUUGAAGGAUUUCAACAAGGGCCUUGUGAACAACAAGGACAUCGAAGAACUCAAGGCUGACGUGGACAAGUUCUCUUCCUCAUUUGACAUGCCCGGUUUCUUGACUUCCGAGAUGAAGUACAAGGAUUAGGUUUGCCACCGUUAAUAGUUCCCCAUUUUAUUAUGUUUCCGGGUUUGAAUCAUUGAAAGUUUUCUUCGCAAGUAGCGUCUUCAUUCAAAGUCUGCUUAGGUGAAAAAUAAUAUUGGUUGCUUUGUGCUUGGUUUUUCUAGCAGUCCGAGGGUAGUUUGUAUUCAAGUUACGAGUUUCAGGGAAAAAAAAUACACAUCUGGUGUCCUGCUGUCCGUCUUCAUUGCAAUAAGUUAUGAAAAGUUUUCGAUUUCUUUGGGUUCUC